AUGGGAACCAUUUGGAAGAUCGUCUUAACUUCUGUCCUGAUCACCCGCGCUCUCGCUUCUCCUGCGCCUGAUAUAGACAAGCGACAGUCACUGCCUACUCUCUCCCAAGACCAGAUCACUGCAUUUCGACCUUUCACGCUGUCCGCCAGCGCGGCUUACUGCAAUCCGUCGGCGACACUAACGUGGACCUGUGGAGCCAAUUGCGAGGCAAAUCCUGGAUUCCAGCCUUUCGUAUCCGGUGGGGAUGGUAGUACUAUUCAGUACUGGUAUGUGGGAUGGGAUUCUAUGCUAGACGUGGUGAUUGUUGCUCACCAAGGAACGAAUCCCGAAAAGUUUGAAUCUGUUCUCACCGACCUUGACUUCCCCAAGGAGAAGUUAGAUCAAAGUAUGUUCCCGGGAAUCGAUAGCAGCAUCGAAGUCCAUACAGGGUUUGCAGAUGCCCAUGCACGGACGGCACCACAAAUACUGUCCGCUGUACAGACGGUUUUAGCGGAACACAACUCUCAAUCUGUCGUUACCACUGGUCAUUCAUUAGGCGCAUCGCUGUCGCUCCUGGACGCUGUGUAUCUUCCCUUCCACCUCCCGCCCACCGUGUCUGUUCGCACAAUAUGCUAUGGCCUCCCUCGGGUUGGGAAUCAAGCCUUCGCUAACUAUGUCGACACCCAUGUCCAGCUAACGCACAUCAACAAUAAGAAAGACCCUGUGGCGAUUCUUCCCUUCGAGAUUCUAGGCUUCCGGCACCCCUCCGGCGAGGUGCAUAUCGACGGAUCCAACGCUUGGGUGCAGUGCUCCGGGCAAGAAAAUCCGUCAACUGAGUGUAUUGAUGGAGCCGUCGAGGAAAUUUGGGACGGAGACUUGGACGACCACGAUGGUCCUUAUGAUGGAAUUACAAUGGGAUGCUAA